AUGGUGCAGCCGAACGUUACCACAUCAACUACGACACCAAGCUCCGGGCCCACUCAAAAGCAGAAAACCGAAGAAAAACUGCGGGAGUACGGGGUGCCGACCGUGAGGUUGGAGCAGGAUCGAUUGACGGACACGAUGGCCGCGGGGUUAGCGAUGUCGCUCUUGGGACAUGUACUAUUCUUGAAGGGCCAGGUUCCGUUCCCAGUGAUGCAAAUGCUGAAAAUGCCCGCGAGUCAGGCAGACUCUCGCGCGUCAAAGAAACGUCAAGAGCUUUUAUCCUCUCUCGACAUCCUAUCUUGCCAUCUUCAAACCACUUUCACUGCCCUAUCCCAUGCAAUAGCCAGCAGGAUGGACAGCGCUGACCCUGCUGCUACACCUGGAUCAGUUCCGUCACCGCCAACACAGGGCUCGAAUUUCCAGCAAGUCUACAUGAUGAUGAUUCUCGGACCAAGCGUCAAUGCCGCCAAAGCGCGGGUAGUCCUGGUCGUUGACGGACUGGAAGUAAAAUUAUUGGGGGAGCGUUACGACAAGCCCCUAACUCAUGCGACGACGGGUGACAUCUCCGAACAACCGACAGAUAAUCAAAGCGAGUCGGACGACUCGGAAGAGGAACAUGAUGACAGUGACCUGGAAGAUUCCGAAGAGGAGGAGUUCAACGACGAGUCCGUCAGUGACGAGGACGCGCUCGAAUCAGACUACGAGACUGCAUCAGAAUCGGAGGAGACCGGUUCGGCACCAGCGCCGCCGCUCUCGCGCUCUCCCUCCCCCGAACAGGAGCAGCUGCGCGCUGCGGAACGCCUGCUCUCCCGGACGUUGGCGAAUGCGUGCGCGGAAGAUGACGGCAUGCAAUCAGAAUUAGCGCCGACGCAGGCGCAUAUCCUGCUGCGCGCCCCGAGGCGCUUCGGCCAUCCGUCAUGGACUCCGAGACAGAUGUGGACGUCCUCGCUCGAGGCUAUUUUAACUGAUUUCCUGGACGAGUCGGGUAUCAAUCGAAAAGAUCCUGAAGUCACAGGUAUGGGUAAGCAGAAGGUCCACAAGAGAGGGGUGAAGACCGAGGGCGUCUUCGUCGGGUGCAAUUCCCCUACUGGAAGAUACCAUGAUGCACACCCCUCCCAAAAUCAGGACGAGGACGACGAGAUGAUCUGGUGGAGCUGGAACGGCAAGAUUGCUGGAUUCUCGGAUUGGUGAGUAGGACAAUGGACAUGCAGCAUACGAGAGUGGAGUCGGAUGGAACAGUCACAUACUAAAUACAAUCAUGUUUUGCUAUCAUACAACGGACGCGUCCUCGAUGUAUUGCCAAUGUAUCCCUACCGGUGUAUUGUCGGUACCGAUCUAUCUAUCAGGCGGGACUUGUCUCGUCUGUCG